AUGAAGUGGAAUGCCGUCGUGGUGGCCAUGGGGUUGGCAGCCCCCUCGCGCGCAUUGCUUCGCUUUGGCUGUGCCCGCCUCACCAUCCAACGUUUAGAUCCCCUGGUCACCCCCGGGCAGAAUCCUUCGCCGCAUUUGCACCAGAUUAUUGGAGGGAACUCGUUCAACGUCUCGAUGAAUCACCCCGAGCACGACCUCGUCAAGCUGUCGACCUGCACCAGCUGCCAGUUCACCGAGGAUCUCUCCAACUACUGGACCGCCGUCCUUUUCUUCCGCGCCCGAAACGGAACCUUCAAGAGAGUCCCGCAGAUCGCCCAGGCAGGCAUGGAGGGCACCCAGGGCGGCAUGGUCGUUUACUACAUGUCGGACGCCCUCUUCGACACAGCCCAGCGCUCCGCAGUCACCGCCUUCAAGCCGGGCUUCCGCAUGCUCAUCGGCGAGGCCUCGUACAGCACCCGCGAGCAAGCCCGCGACUUUCGCCAGCUGACGUACACCUGCAUGGAGAACCAGGCGUCGCGCUCGCCCGAGACAGUCGGCUUCCCUAAAACCCCUUGCAAGCUGGGCAUCAUGGCCAACCACCGGUUCCCGACGUGCUGGGACGGCGUCAACCUCGACAGCCCCAACCACCGCGACCACGUGGCCUACCCGGAGUCGGGCACCUUCGAGUCCGGGGGCCGGUGCCCGGCAACGCACCCGGUCAAGAUCCCGCAGAUUCUGCUGGAGACGGUCUGGGAUACCUCAGCGUUUAAUCGCAGAGAGGACUGGCCCGAGGACGGCAGCCAGCCGUUUGUCUGGUCCAAUGGUGAUAGUACGGGGUAUGGCUCGCACGCCGACUAUGUGUUUGGCUGGAAGGACGACUCGUUGCAAAGGGCGAUGGAUGCGCAUACGUAUGUCUCGGCGCCGAUGCUCAAGACGCAGAGCAUUGCCGAGCAGAAUAAGUGUGUAGUUAAGGAUAUGGUGGGGGAGAACUUCGAUGGGUGGCUGAAAGAACUACCUGGUGGAAAUCCUAUAUUUUGA